AUGUCAACCACAGACUCCGCGCAAGAUGCGCACGACUCUACAUUGACGGUCGACUCCGUAUCGUUGACACUGGGCACGGAUUCCCUCCUCAUCAUGACCGCCCUGCCCGUCCAAGCCGUCGGUGUUGUGGUUUACUCAACUCAGGUAAGACAAACAAAACAACUGCACAGACCUGUCCCUCACCCGCUCUCGCGCGCUUUGAUCGGCGCAAACCUGCGCUGUACUUGCAUUAGUUCUGACCUCGGCUCAUUGAUAGCACCACAAACCACUCACGCGAUUUCGCUAUACAACGUCCUCGGCGCAGAAGUCACAGCCUCGAACAUCGUCAUCGCCUACGCAAAACCAACUGGCAAGGACGAUGUAGCCGUGGCAACGGUCCAAUAUCCCAUAGUGGAGAAAGAAAAGAAAGCCGUGGAGGCCUGGGUGGGGAAAUUGGUUGAUCAGGCUUAUGGCAAGGCGCUACGUGGGAAAAGACUGAAGGUCCUGAUCAAUCCCUUCGGUGGCAAGGGUUAUGCGGCGGAUUUGUACCACAGAUAUGCGGCGCCAGUCUUUGCAGCUGCCAAGUGUCAGGUUGACGUGCAGAGUACUGAACACCGCGGGCACGCUAUCGACAUUGCAGAAAAUCUUGAUGUCGAUGCGUUCGAUGCCGUCGUUUGUUGCUCUGGUGAUGGAUUGCCGUAUGAGGUUUUCAAUGGCCUUGGCAAGCGGCCUGAUGCCCGGACCGCGCUGAUCAAGACUGCUGUCGCUUUGCUUCCUUGUGGUUCUGGAAAUGGGUUGACAUGGAACGCUUUUGGGACUGGGAGUGUUUCGAUCGCGGCAUUGGCUAUCGUCAAGGGAUUCAGGACGCCGCUGGACCUGGUUUCCAUUUCGCAGAAGGAUUCGCGCACUCUGUCCUUCCUCUCGCAGUCUUUCGGCAUUGUUGCCGAGUCUGAUCUGGCCACUGAGAACAUCCGGUGGAUGGGCGCUCAACGAUUUACAUAUGGUUUCUUGGUUCGCUUGAUGAGGCAGACCAUCUGGCCGUGUGAUCUGUCCGUAAAGGUGGAAAUUGAUGACAAGGAGGCCAUCAAAGAUCACUAUGCGACGUGGUCUACUCGCUCUGAGGAGUCGGAUGUCGAUACCAAACGUCUCGAGGCCGCGGCACAGUCACCAUUACUACCAGAGCUCAAGUACGGUUCAGUAUCAGACGACGUACCUAGCGACUGGCAAGUCGUACCGGGUGAAACGAUGGGUAAUUUCUACGCCGGAAACAUGGCAAUCAUGUCCAAGGACACAAACAUGUUCCCAGCUACCCUACCAAACGACGGUCUCCUGGACGUGAUUACCAUUGAUGGCAGAGUCAGCCGUGGUACUGCACUCUCCAUGAUGAACGAGAUCCCCAGUGGUCGUUUCUUCGACAUGCCAGAGCUCAUUAUUCGCAAGGCAUCUGCCUUCCGUUUAGUGCCCCACCAAAAGGAAGGAUAUAUCAGCAUUGAUGGCGAACGUGUACCUUUUGAAGCGUUCCAGGCUGAAGUUCACCAAGGACUCGGCACAAUUAUCACCAAGUCAGGCCGUCUUUACGAAGCAGAAGGGCCUCGUUAG